GAGAUCGGGAACCUAUACUUGUUAUGUGCAUUCCGAACUAACCCCAGGAUGUAUUUUCAGAAUGAUAAUUCUUCUCAUACUGGUGAGAUGGUGGGCUCUUCAACUGGAAAAGGUGGAGAAUGAGCAUCGGUUGCUUUUCAAAGGAUUGGGCAAUUGUACAGAUUACAGAAUCAGUCAUAGUCACUAGUCAGCGCUGGAACCAGGUUCUUCUUUUAUCCACAUAAGCUCUUUUUCCUGAAUUUCCUACAAUACCACUGGUAUAGAUACAUUUUACCAGGAAUGCCACCCCAGUGUUGCUGUAAAUUGCAGAUUUUCUAAUUUUUAUCAAUCCUGGGAUGGUCACACACUUCUACUGCAAAAACUAACAGCAUGGUUCAUGACAUAUUGACAUCACGUUUUGUUUUGUUCAGUGGAUAGCUUCAAAUACAAGAGUAUGGCUACUGAACUGAAGAUGCUUUAUUUCUGGAUUUAUGGAAAAUUUUACUCUGUAUUAUGCAUAGAAACCUUAUUAAUCUCAUGAAAGUAUGAAACCUACUUGUAAUGAGUCAUUGUUUUGCAUGUUAUAUCUCAACACUGAUCAUUUCGCUGCGAUAUGAAUGGAUGAACCUAUGCUGAAUUAGUGUUUUUUAUUUGUAGCUCAUUCAACAUGUCAAUAUUUAUCAUACACAAUGUCUAUGGAUUCGCUGAUUUGUUCUGGCUGACUGCCAGUGACCUGUGGAUCUCUUAACAUAUUAAAGCUAUCUGAAUGAAACGUGCAAAGCCGUUGAAGUCAAAUGCUUAUUAUGCUUUAAGCACCUUUAGGAGCCUAGGAGGUAGCUGAGUAACGAAAUGCCUGUUAGGUUGUUUGGACCAGCAGCGAGUACAGCAUCACACCUAAACUAACUUUGAUCUGAUUCGUCCAAGUCCAAGCAGGUCAUGAAGCUCUAUGCAUCCCUUGAUCGAUCGAUCGGGUGACCCAGCUGAAAACAACUUAUUGAUGGAUGCUUGAGCUCACCAGAACCUUCAAGUCUGAACAAGGAUCAAAAGUAUCCAUUCUUUUCGUGUAAAGUGGCUUCUACAAACGGAUGAUUUACUUGUACGCCAACAGCGAUCUUUGCGGCGGUUGAAGCGUACUCCUGAGUUGGCACCAGUAGCUAUAUCACAUGAAGGACGUGAGCUAGCUGCCAGCUCUUUACUGACGUGGCUGGAUUAACUAUUGAACGAGACGGUGCUUAAGGCUUAAUUCCCUCUGGAACUAUUGGGCUAGUGGCAGCAACAGAUGGCACCUGACGUGACGCCUUUGUGAAAUUUGAGGACACUCCGCUGGGUUAUCAGUUGCAGUUGGUCUGCACGCUCAUGCUCAUCUGCCCAUGAAUCAGCUUCCAGAGCUUCCAGGGACAAGCUCGGGUUCCAUGUGAGUUCUUUCCAGAUGUGCUCCAGAUUUUCCGCCCUGUGACUCAGCCAUGGUUUUCCUGUCCGUAAGCUGGAUGGCGCGAAUAUGCUGUAUGACAGCGGCUUCUGACAUCAAGUAGCACGUGAAUUGAGUUGACGAAUUUUUGGGAGAAAAGCCAUUUUUUCCAGAGGAUUUUGAAAAGCAGCAUACUUUGUAAUUUGGAAAAACAAAAGAAGAUCACUUGAAAUAUAAGCAGACCAACCAAACCGAGAGGAGUUAGUAAAUAUCAAAACCUAAAACCCUUCAGCUCAACAAUACCAGAAGGCAGAAGCAGCUUUGUUCAGCUCUGCUUUCUUCCCACGUCGACCAUGGGGAGCAUGGCACCUUCGCCGCCGCAGCAGCUGAGCCUGGCGGACCUCAGGGCGCUGUCCGUGCUCGGCCAGGGCGCCAGGGGUGUGGUCUUCCACGUCGUGCCCGUCGCCACCGCCGCCACCGCAGCGGCAGCAGCAGCAGCCGGGGACACCUCCGCCGCGGGCGACCCCAUGGCCAUGGCGCUCAAGGCCAUGUCCCGCGCCGCCGCGCGGCACAAGGGCGCGGGGCCAGGAGGGACGUGCGGCGGCGACGGGCACCGGAGGAUCUGGUUCGAGCGCGACGUGCUGCUCGCGCUCCGGCACCCGCUGCUCCCCUCCCUCCGCGGCGUCGUGGCCACCGACGCUGUCGUCGGCUUCGCCAUCGACCGCUGCCCCGGCGGAGACCUCAAGUCGCUCCGCCGCCGGUGGCGCGCCGACACGACGUUCCCGGAGUCCGUCAUCCGGUUCUACGCUGCGGAGCUGGUGCUCGUCCUCGAGCACCUCCACGGCCUCGGCGUCGUGUACCGCGACCUCAAGCCGGAGAAUGUCCUCGUCCAGGACUCGGGCCACAUCAUGCUCGUCGACUUCGACCUCUCCACCACGCUGCCGCCGCCCCCGCCCCCGCCGCCGCCGGACGCGACCGCGCGACGCGUCAGCUCGCCGUCACGGCCUUCGUCGCGCCACCGCCGCAGGCGCAAGAACAAGAAGGCAACGGCGGCGAUGGUCUUGGCGUGCUUCUCCUCCCGCCGCGCAGCCUCGCCAGAGGCUUCGUCUUCCCAGUCCCCACCGUCCACUUCCCUGACCGCCUCGUCGUCCUCGUCCUGCUGCUCGUCGGGCGCGCGGACGCCGGCCAAGUCGAACUCGUUCGUCGGCACGGAGGACUACGUGGCGCCGGAGAUCGUGGCGGGCGCCGGGCACGACCACGCCGUGGACUGGUGGGGACUCGGCGUCGUGCUCUACGAGAUGCUGUACGGGCGCACGCCGUUCCGGGGCCGGAGCCGGCGGGAGACGUUCCACCGCGUCCUCACCGCGCCGCCGGAGCUGCCCGGCGAGCCGACGCCGCUGCGUGACCUCAUCGAGCGCCUGCUCGAGAAGGAACCCGGGAAGCGGCUGGGCGCGCACGGCGUGAAGCGGCACUCCUUUUUCCGCGGCGUGGACUGGGACCGCGUCCUCGACGUGGCGCGCCCGCCGUUCAUCCCGGCUCCCGACGACGACGACGUUGGCGGCGCGGGCGUGGAGGCCGAGGCCGGAGCGUUGGACGUGGAGAAGGUCGUGCAUGAGGUGUUCGGCACGAGUGGCGAUGGUGAGACGCCGCCGACGGAUGUUGGCAGCGACGGAGGGAGAGAUUACGAUUUCUCCAUAUUUUUCUGAGUUUUUGUUAACUAUUUAUGCACUUGAAGUUACUACAUGCCUGUUAUCUGCUUUGCAUUCCUGAAAAAAAGAACACGCUUAUGCAUAUGCUUAUACCCACUCCC